AUGCAACACGGUGCAGUGACCAAGCUGCCCAAGCCAGCGCCGCGCAGCACGCUGCGCAUGGGCCUUCCCAGCAAAGGGCGCAUGGCGGAAGACACCAUGCAGCUGCUCAAGGACUCUGCUCUGUCGGUGUACAAGCCCAACUCGAGGCAGUACGUGGCGUCCAUCCCACAGAUCCCCGGGCUUGAGGUGUGGUUCCAGCGCGCCAGCGACGUCGUGCGCAAGCUGCGGCUAGGGGACAUCGACCUCGGCAUCGUGGGCACAGACAUGUACGAGGAGCUGGGGGAGGGUGACUCAGACCUGGUGGUGGUGCACGAGGCCCUCAACUUUGGACACUGCCACCUGGCCCUCGGGGUGCCCAUGUUCGGGCGGUUCGAGCGCGUGGACACUCUGCAGCAGCUGCGGGACAUGGGCUGGAGCGAGGAGCAGCCCCUGAGGGUGGUCACAGGCUACACGUCCAUUGCCCGCCGCUUUUUUGCCGCCGCUGGCUUUGAGCACGUGGCGCUGCUGGCGGCGGAUGGCGCGCUGGAGGCGGCGCCGGCCAUGGGCACCGCCGACAUCAUUCUCGACCUGGGCGUGCUUGUUGCCAACCGCCGGUCGCUGUUGGAGCGGCCGGGGCUGUUGGGCAUCACCAGGGAGCUGCUGGAGCGAUUCGACGCGCACCUCAAGGCCGCGCAAUUCUACUCUGUCACCGCCAACAUGCGCGGCGAGACCCCGGAGGCGGUUUCCACCCUGCUGCUGCAGGACGACGGCCUGCAAGGCCUGCAGGGCCCAACCGUGAGCCCAGUGUACACGAUCACAGGGGACGAUGCACGCGCGGAGCAGCGCGGCUUCUUCGCAUGCGUCAUCUGCGUGCCCAAGAAGAAGCUUUACUCAUCAGUCAAGGUCCUGCAAAAGCUUGGCGGCAGCGGGGUGCUGGUGCAGCCGAUGACAUACAUAUUUGACGAGGAGCCGGAGAGGUGGCAGCGCCUGCUUGCCACCCUGGAGAUCGAUGAAGACACGGCAGGGCUCAUUAACGGCGGCCACGGCGCUCCUGCGUCCAACGGCACGCGGUGA